CAUUUGCUCUGCCUAAUUAUCUAUGAGUUUUGCAGCCCCCUCGCAAGAUGGGGGGCCGCUAUUUCCAUUUCCUCUAUAUAUAUGAACAUCAUAGUUGAGGGGCUUAAAUUAAUUAUCGAUUUGACUGUUGGCUUUUGAUUUCUUGAAUAUAAGCACGAUUUCUGAAAAUUUUAGUUCUGGGUCUUGGAUUUCUUGUUGAAUUCUCCCUAAUUCCACCCUAAUUUUCGUGUGUUCAGAUAAGAUCCCAGAAAAUUUGAGGGCUUUUCUGAACUCGGUUUACAAAUUCUGAUUAUUUCAAGAUUUGCUUUGCUUUUAUUUUUUUUUAUUUCUUUGUUUCGGCAUUGAGAUUACUGUUUUUUGUCAGUCAAUUUCAAUUUCUGUUUUCUUCUGAAAGAAUCUUGAACCAAAAGAACUAUUAGAUUUUUCAGAUCUCUUUGCUCAAGGCUCCCAAGACUUUGAUCGCUGUAUAUUUACUCCAAAGUUCCAAUCUUCAUUAGUAGUGUUUAUCAAAUAGUUCAAAGAUGACGACUGGAACCCUUAAACGAUCGAAAGAAAAGAAGUCGAGGAAGAGCAAACAAGUAGUUAUUGUUGAUGAAAAGUCUCCUUUAUUGCCCACAAAGAAGCACGAGGCAGACGGUGGGUCUGAUGAAUUCGAUGGAGCCUCCUUUAGCGGGGCAGUGUUUAAUUUAUCGACCACGAUUGUUGGAGCUGGAAUCAUGGCAUUGCCAGCAACAAUGAAGGUUUUAGGACUUGUUGUUGGAAUUGCUAUGAUCAUCUUUAUGGCAUUCUUGACAGAGGCUUCCAUUGAGUUGUUGCUUAGGUAUAGUAGGACUGCAAAAUCAGUUUCUUAUGCAGGUCUAAUGGGGGAUGCUUUCGGAAAGUAUGGCAGAAUGUUGAUACAAAUCUGUGUAAUAGUUAACAACAUUGGCGUGCUUGUUGUAUACAUGAUUAUUAUAGGUGAUGUGCUUUCUGGAACCACUUCAAGUGGAGUUCAUCAUGCUGGUGUUCUUGAAGCUUGGUUUGGACAGCACUGGUGGAAUGGAAGAUUUUUUGUUCUUCUCUUUACUACCCUGGCUGUAUUUGCACCAUUGGCCAGCUUAAAGCGAAUUGAUUCAUUGGGAUACACAUCUGCGUUAUCAGUUGCAUUGGCUAUUGUAUUCCUCGUUAUUACUGUCGGAAUUACUGUCUACAAAUUAAUAAGUGGAACUGUUUUGAUGCCUCGAUUGUUUCCCAAUGUUACGGAUCUUACAUCAUUCUUGAACCUCUUUACUGUAGUUCCGGUUCUUGUGACUGCAUACAUCUGUCACUACAACGUUCACUCAAUAGACAAUGAACUUGAAGACAAUACACAGAUAAAGGCAGUCGUGCGAACAGCCCUCUCUCUAUGCUCAAGUGUUUAUGUAUUGACAAGUAUCUUUGGGUUCCUCUUAUUUGGUGAUGCUACACUUGAUGAUGUACUUGCCAACUUCGACACGGAUCUUGGAAUUCCAUAUAGCUCCCUGCUUAAUGACAUUGUUCGUGUUAGUUAUGCUGCACACUUGAUGCUUGUCUUUCCUAUCGUUUUCUAUCCGUUGCGGAUAAACUUGGAUGGCCUCCUCUUUCCAUCUGCAAGGUCUUUGAAUUCAGACAACUUGAGGUUUGCAUCGCUUAGCGUUGGGCUCAUUGCAGUAGUCUUGCUGGGUGCAAAUUUCAUACCCAGCAUAUGGGAUGCUUUCCAGUUUACUGGAGCAACGGCGGCCGUUUGCAUUGGUUUCAUCUUUCCUGCUGCAGUUACUCUCAGGGAUCGAUAUGGCAUAGCAACGAAGAGAGACAAAAUCUUAUGCAUAUUCAUGAUUGUCCUUGCUGUGUUCUCCAAUGCGGUGGCGAUAUAUAGUGAUACCUAUGCCUUAUUCAAGAAGAACCCAACUCAGAGAGCGUGAUCUCCUUUCGCUCGACGAUGCAUUGAAUCCCUGAGAAAAUGCGGUCUAGAGCUUCUCUCGAGGCAGGUUUUAAUAAGUAUCUCCAUAUCGGCUCAACUUUAAACGUUGAGCAGCUUUUCUGGAAGUGUGAUUUGUGAAGUUCAUGCUACUUGACUCCACCUGUAUUAUUUUGUUGCUGUGUGUUUUCAUAUAUAUUGUACACUCUGUGUAUACACUAAAUGUGAGAAGUUGUUCUAUAGUUAUGCAUUCUGUUUACCCAGUUUGGUUCAUGAUGUAAUAUUUAUAUUGUCAGUAACAAUUACUUGCCAGUUUGGGUUAUAGAUUA